GGGAGUAACAUUUAUCCCUUGUAAUCUCCGACAGAAAAUCUCGUAUCCCUGUAAAAACUCAGACACCAUUAUUUACACCGACGAACUCUUCCCCGACAGUAAAGUACAACAUAUUGCCGACGUUUUAUUUGGAUUUACCCGCAUUUUUUUACUGCGUAAAGGUAUGGAAUUCAAGAAACAUGCGUUCUCCGGUCAGUUUCCCGGCCAGUUAUCGCCGAGAAGGAAGUCUACCGGUUGCUGUUGGCUGUGGGCUCUGGCUACAUUCUUCAUGCUUGGAGUUGCUCUUCUCAACUUCUCAUUCAAAGCUCCGUUUAUGAAUUCUGUGCUUCAGGGGCUUAACAACAACGCCGCCGGGGAAAAUCUCCGGGAUUUCUCCGGUAAGAAGAAAGAAGGGCUAUGGAAGAAAACCCGUGAGUUAAAUCCGUCAGAGAUUGGUAAAAAUGUGAACUUUACCAAACUGGAGAAGAGUAGUGUCGGAGGGUUUUCUGGGAACGGUAAAAAUGUCAGUUUUUCAUCACUUGAAGGAAAAAAUGGUAAUCAGAGCAAAGGUCCAGUUUUGAUAAAAGGAAGGAGUUUUCAUGGUGAUUGUGAUAUCUUUGAUGGUGAAUGGGUAAGAGAUGAUACAAAGCCAUAUUACCUUCCUGGUUCUUGCCCUUAUAUUGAUGUGGAUUUUGACUGUCAUCUCAAUAAGAGGCCAGAUGAAGGGUAUGUCAAAUGGAAAUGGCAACCAUAUGCAUGUGACAUCCCAAGCUUCAAUGCGACAGAUUUUUUGGAGAGGAUGAGGGGUCAGAAACUUGUAUUUGUGGGUGAUUCGUUAAACAGAAAUAUGUGGGAAUCUCUUGUAUGCAUUCUUCGCCAAGGUAUUAGUGACAAGAAGAGAGUUUUUGAGAUAUCGGGCAGGAGUGAUUUCAAAAAGAAGGGGGUUUAUGCAUUCAGAUUUGAGGAUUUUAACUGUUCUGUGGACUUCGUUAGCUCUCCAUUUCUUGUAAGAGAAUCUUCUUUUGAAGGGGCGGCUGGUUCUUUUGAGACACUUAGGUUGGACUUGAUGGACACCACGACUUCAAUGUAUAAUGAUGCAGAUAUCAUUAUCUUCAAUACUGGUCAUUGGUGGACUCAUGAGAAAACCUCUAGAGGUGAAGACUACUACCAGGAAGGCAAUCAUGUGCACCCACAACUCAAGGUUCUUGAAGCAUAUAAGAGAGCGCUUUACACUUGGGCAAGGUGGGUGGAUAAGAACAUUGAUGCAAGAAGAACUCAAGUUUUCUUCAGAGGAUAUUCGCUCACACAUUUCCGAGGAGGUCCAUGGAACUCAGGGGGGCAAUGCCAUAACGAAACAGAACCAUUUUUAAACAAAAUGCAUUUGGAGAAGUACCCUUCCAAGAUGCAAGUUCUUGAGCAAGUGCUUCAUGAUAUGAAAAAACCUGUGGGAUACAUGAACAU